GGCGGCGCGCGGGGCGGCGCUGGAGGCGGCUCCGCUCGCGGCCGGGGAGGCACCGGGGAGGAGGAACAGGGCUGCGGAGCUGGGGCGUUAGCUGCGUCCCGGCUUGGAGCCCGCGCGAAGAGGACGAGGACCGAGGCGCCGCCGUGGCCGCGGCUGCAGCACUCUGGGCGCGACAAACCAUGAGCAACGACCUGGAGGUCGCUGGCCGCCGCUGAGACCCAACCCGGACACAGCUCGCCGCGCCCCGGCACCACCUCCAGCGGACACCCUCGCCCUCAGAGUGGCUCAGAGCUUCUUGGUUUCCAGGAAUGAUGGUUGGCGAUGUGAAUGCCACACAAGAUAAACCACCUCUGGAGCAGAACUUGGAAAUCCAACUGAUGUAGAGCCCGUCUGUGGCUGUGUCAAAACAAGGACCUCAACACCUUGAGGGCGGUGAGACUGUUGUGAUUGGUGCGAGCUAGCCCUGCGCUCUACAACGGACUAAAAUGAUUGGCAUGAUUCCAGUGACCGAGUUUCGGCAGUUCUCCGAGCAGCAGCCUGCCUUCCGGGUGCUGAAGCCAUGGUGGGAUGUGUUCACAGAUUACCUCUCGGUGGCCAUGCUGAUGAUCGGAGUGUUUGGAUGUACAUUACAGGUCAUGCAAGACAGGAUCAUCUGCCUUCCGAAAAGAGUGCAGCCUGAUCAGAACCACUCUUCCCUUUCCAAUGUCUCUCAGGCAGUUAUCAGUACCACGCCACUGCCUCCACCUAAGCCCUCUCCCACCAACCCCGCCACGGUGGAGAUGAAAGGACUGAAGACAGACCUGGACCUUCAACAGUACAGUUUCAUCAACCAGAUAUGUUACGAGCGAGCCCUCCACUGGUAUGCCAAGUACUUCCCGUACCUUGUGCUCAUCCACACCCUGGUCUUCAUGCUCUGCAGCAACUUUUGGUUCAAAUUCCCUGGUUCCAGUUCCAAGAUAGAACAUUUCGUCUCCAUCCUGGGGAAGUGCUUUGACUCCCCGUGGACUACACGGGCGCUCUCCGAAGUGUCUGGGGAGGACUCGGAAGAGAAAGAUAACAGGAAGAACAACAUGAACAGGCCCAACACCAUCCAGUCCGGUCCUGAAGGCAAUCUGGUCAACGCCCAGUCUCUCAAGUCAAUUCCUGAGAAGUUUGUGGUUGACAAAUCCACGGCAGGAGCUCUGGACAAAAAGGAAGGGGAGCAGGCGAAGGCCUUGUUUGAGAAGGUGAAGAAGUUCAGGCUGCACGUGGAGGAAGGUGACAUCCUGUACGCCAUGUACGUCCGGCAGACCGUGCUUAAGGUUAUCAAGUUCCUAAUCAUCAUUGCGUAUAACAGCGCUCUGGUUUCCAAAGUCCAGUUUACAGUGGACUGUAACGUGGACAUCCAGGACAUGACGGGCUAUAAAAACUUUUCUUGCAACCACACCAUGGCUCAUUUGUUCUCUAAACUAUCCUUCUGUUACCUGUGCUUCGUGAGCAUCUAUGGCUUGACGUGCCUUUAUACCUUGUACUGGCUCUUCUACCGUUCUCUGAAGGAAUAUUCUUUCGAGUACGUCCGGCAGGAAACUGGAAUCGAUGACAUUCCGGAUGUGAAGAAUGACUUUGCCUUUAUGCUCCACAUGAUAGACCAAUAUGACCCUCUCUAUUCCAAGAGGUUUGCAGUGUUCCUGUCUGAAGUCAGCGAGAACAAAUUAAAGCAGCUCAAUUUAAAUAAUGAGUGGACCCCCGACAAACUGAGGCAGAAGCUGCAGAUGAACGCCCACAACCGCCUGGAGCUGCCUCUGAUCAUGCUGUCCGGCCUUCCAGACACCGUGUUUGAGAUCACAGAGCUGCAGUCUCUGAAGCUGGAGAUCAUUAAGAACGUCAUGAUACCCGCCACCAUCGCCCAGCUAGACAACCUCCAGGAGCUUUCCCUGCACCAGUGCUCUGUCAAAAUCCACAGCGCAGCGCUCUCUUUCCUGAAGGAAAACCUCAAAGUCCUGAGCGUCAAGUUUGAUGACAUGAGGGAGCUGCCCCCCUGGAUGUACGGCCUCCGAAAUCUGGAAGAGCUCUACCUGGUUGGUUCUCUGAGUCACGACAUCUCCAAAAAUGUCACCCUGGAGUCUCUGCGGGAUCUCAAAAGCCUUAAAAUCCUCUCCCUCAAGAGCAACGUCUCCAAAAUCCCUCAGGCCGUGGCGGACGUGUCCAGUCACCUCCAGAAGAUGUGCAUCCACAAUGACGGCACCAAGCUGGUGAUGCUGAACAACCUGAAGAAGCUGGUCAACCUGACAGAGCUGGAGCUGGUGCACUGUGACCUGGAGCGCAUUCCCCACGCCGUGUUCAGCCUCCUCAGCCUCCAGGAACUGGACCUGAAGGAAAACAACCUGAAGUCAAUAGAAGAAAUCGUGAGCUUCCAGCACUUGAGAAAGCUCACCGUGCUCAAGCUGUGGUACAACAGCAUCACGUACAUCCCAGAGCACAUCAAGAAACUGACCAGCCUGGAGCGACUGUACUUCAGCCACAAUAAGGUAGAGGUGUUACCCUCCCACCUCUUCCUAUGCAACAAAAUCCGAUACCUGGAUUUAUCCUGCAACGACAUUCGCUUCAUCCCGCCCGAAAUCGGAGUUCUGCAGAGUUUACACUAUUUUUCCAUCACUUGUAACAAAGUCGAGAGCCUUCCAGACGAACUCUACUUUUGCAAGAAACUUAAAACUUUGAAGAUUGGGAAAAACAGCCUCUCCGUACUGUCACCAAAAAUUGGAAAUUUACUAUUUCUUUCCUACCUAGACAUCAAAGGCAAUCACUUUGAAGUCCUCCCUCCUGAGCUGGGAGACUGCCGGGCUCUGAAGCGAGCUGGGUUAGUUGUGGAAGAGGCUCUGUUUGAGACCCUGCCCUCAGAUGUCCGGGAGCAAAUGAAAGCAGAGUAGCUGAUUUCUCAUCAAAACGUGACUGAAAUACGCUUCUACCAAAUACAGUAUAAAGAGUUAGGUCAUCCUAAUGCCUUUCCUAUAUUAUUUUUGGUUUUUUUUUUUUUUUUUAGUUUUUUUGUUUUUCACACAAGACAAAAUGUACACAAAGAUUGAGUAAGGAGUAUGUAUUUUUUAAUAAAAAUUUGAUUGUAUUUUUUCAAUGUUAAUAUUUUUAAGUUUUAUUUGUCCUGGAAGCUAAUGCAUCUUGUUAUUUCCUACCAACAGGAAUGGGUAGUUCCUUCUGGCUUUGGGUUUUGUUUUUUUACUUAAGUUCAUUCUUGUGAAAGGAAAGGAAUGUAGCUCGUGUGCAUUUUGGCAUAUUUUAAAUGGGUUAAGGUAACUUUGCCAACACCAUUUUUACCUUGUUCCUACUUGUCCAGGUCUCUGUUAGUACCGUCAUCAUGUGUACCAAGGAGUCUGGGCCGGUUGUCCUCAUAUCAGUGGCCUUCCCCAUUGGCCAGCUUUCCACUCCGUAGUUCACAUAAGUGCAUUGUCACAGAGCAUUGUCUUGAAAAUUCUCCCUCUUCCAACACUAUCAAUUAUAUUAUUUCCUGAACAACAUUUUCAGUUAGCCUCAGAGGGGCUUUUCAGAUGGGUGAAGAAAGCAAUCCCCAGUGGUCACCAGCCCCGUGUUCAUUUAUCAUUUGCUGUUUAACUGAUUUGUAUUUUCACCAACCUCCUAAAAUUUGUCAGUAAAAAUUAAGUACAACCCUCCCCCAACCCCAGUCCACCUCAGUAUUGCCAUGUGGUACUGGUGAGCAACCUUUGGGAAAUUAGAUUCAUUUUAAAAUUCUGGCAGAUAAUUAAAUUUUAAAUCAUAGAAUUAGAAGCCUGUUUUGAGUAAUUUAAUCAUUUUUGAUGUCUUGAUAUGUGGAUGCAUCAGAUGGUAAACAAUCUUGCUGCUAAGGCACUCUGUUAAAAAGCUAUUCCACACAGGCCCCGCCCCUUCCCUGGGCCCUGUGCAGCCAUGUUCUGCCUGCCGAACAGAACAGCCCAGCACAUACGUAUGUAUAGUCAUCCACUUUCCGUAAGCCUGCCCUUGAUGCAGAUGCUAGGGACGCAAGCAUGGGAUCUCCUCAGCUCUCUGCUUAAAAUCGCUUCUCACUAAAGUCGGUCCUUUCACUUCCCAGAUGUGUGACUCACCUGUGAGUGUUGUCACUCAGCAAUAAUUCCUGCCUGGUGGCUGGCAGAGCUUUCCCUUACCUAUGUCUUCCUAAAAUCCAGCCUAGUGUGGGGACUUGUGCUCCACGGUUCACUGAGUGUAAGGAAACACCUUAAUUCAACCCUGAGAGUAGGAAGGACGGCCUGUUUGAAGAAGGUUUCCUCGCCCCCGUGACCUUGGCCAGCCCUGUUUUCUGACAUGCAGAAGGCAGCUCUGGGGGGCACUGGGCAGACACAUCGCCCUCAUCUGACUUAAGACAGAGCUGAAGGGGUGUAGCUCAGUGAUGAAGAGUUGGUCCAGCAGCAUGCCCCAAAGCUGAGCUUAGUCACCUGGCACUACAAAACAAACAACUGGGUGAUGCUCAUUAUUUUGAGCGGAUGAGGAAUGAAGGACAGAUCUGUGUGACGGGCCAGCCAUGUUGAGCAAGAGCUUCUGUUUUCCCUUUAAAGUUUCAGUCAUGAAACUUUUUUUUUUUACUGUUAUGGCUAUACUUCUUAUAUGAAGAAAUAUUCAAUUUUAGUAUAUGGAGGUCCUGAGUAUAAGUGAUGUAUCACAUUCAGAAAUAGCUCUGUCUUAAAGAAGGAAUGUAUGGGCAGACUGUCUGUUAUUGAGCAUGAGUAACCUGUUGUGGAAAGGUAAACCAAGUCAGCAAAUGCACUGUCUUGAUUGUUAAAAUUUAUAGUAAUUUUCAGCAUCACCCUUCAAAGGGGAUCUAUUCAGGUUAAAUACCAUAUUUAUGCUGAAGUCUCUAUGUGGCAUUAACUGAAAAUCCCAUGUGAGUUCAUAACUAAGUCACCAAUAAUUCAAUUUUAUCAAGCUUCCAAAAUAAUUUGAUUUAUUUUCGUAAUGAUUCUGCAGGCUGAGUCCCAACCUAAGUUGUAAAUAACAUCCAAUAAAUCAGUACAAUUCUGUGACUUUAUGUUUUAACCAAGAGUAAAAUAUUCAUAGAUCUUUCUAUUAGAUUUUAUAAAACUUCCAAAGCCUCAAACCUAACUUUGAAGACUUUAAAAUUUCUGAUUCUUAUCCUUUUUAAUACAGUAAGCUUUUGUUCACAUUCUUGAGUAAGAUGCAUUCGGUCACUAUUUAGCCUUCCAAUGGAAAACUCAGGUACCUGAGCUGCUGACUUUUCUAAUGUUCUUCGAUCCAACUCAGUGCACAGAGGCUGUUUGCCUCGUCCAUCACUCUGUGUUUUCCAAGUGCUCUUCCUGAGGAGGACCAGCCAGCUCUUUGUCCAACCUCUGAUUCACAGCAAACUGCUGUGCCCAUCACAAAUGUGCCAUCUGUAUUCUUAACUCCAGGGGCAGCGUCAAGCUCAAGGUGGGCAAUGAAGUCCAGAAACGGAGUGCAGAACAAACAGCUGUCUGGUGGUUGUCCGGUUGGAAGGUCCUAACAGAGCCCCACCUAAGGGACUGGCAGGAUGGCUUUGUGGGUAAAAGGCGUUUGCCACCCAGACUAAGGACCUGAGUUUGACUCCCAGGAUCCACACAGUGGGGGGAGAGACCCAACUCCCAUAAGUUGUGCUCUGGCGGCCUCCACAGAGGUGCUAUGGCAUGAGCACCUACACAAAUCCACACACUAAUGUAAUUGUUCUCCAUCACAAACACACCCAAGAAGGUAACACUUCAGGAGAGUAUUGUGUUUUCUUGUUACAGGAUUUGGUCUGGUUUUGGAUAUCAAAAUUCUUGAUGAGAUAAAAUCCGGUGUCUACACAUGUAGGUUCUUCAUGUUGCCCACCCGUCUCUUCCUUGCUGUUAUAAUGAAAUCUGACAAUCCCCAUGGCGUCUUGAGCAGCAAGCAGGCCUGCUUUUCCAGGCAGCUUGGGAAAUGUUCCUGCCCCACAGACUCUGUUCAUUUUGAUUGUAGGUCCUGCUUCGGAAGGGUCUGAGACAACUUGGAUUCCUUUUUUGGGUUUCUUGGAACAAAAGAAGUCCAGUUUUUUACAGUAUGCUAGUUUAUGGUUUCAAUUUAUCUCACUCUCUAAUCCAAUUUCAUACCAAAUGCCCGAUCAACAGUAUUGGCAUUUCAACAGUAACAUUAAUGGCUCACAGAUACAAAAUCCGUUAGCAUUACUCUUGCAAAUAACAUAAAUGUGGAUGUCAUUUCAGCUUCUCGGAGCAUAAGACUACAUUACUGUUAUCCUGUGACUCCUGAAUGAGAUGGUGCUGAAUAGUUUACAUUGGGCCAGAAUCCCAAGAACAGGGUCACACUCAAGUGAGCAAAAGGGCACGGUGGCCAGGAGGAGACUUUCUGGAACGGUCUGCGUGAUGUUUGCAUCAUGUCUGUUUAGAGACAAAGUAAGAAAACUCAGACAGUCUUAACUAGAGCCACCGUGAGUUUUCCGAUUUAACUCCCGACCUUCUAAUAAUUUGGUAUCAGCCUUCCAAACAAGUAUCCGUCCCCCAUUCCCCUUUCCCAAAGUCACCCACUAAUAAGAUGGCAUCUUCAUGUUUAAGGGAGAGAGAAGAGAGUCUCCCUCUGCCCCCGAGGAAUUAUUUUUUAAUCAGAGGGAUAUAUAACAUGUACAGCUUAACUUAUUGGCCAAAUAGCAGCCACUAUGUAUUUAGGGUUUGGUUUGGUGUCUGAGCCAGGGCCUUGCUUUGUAGCCCAGGCUGACCUUGAACUUGAGAACCUCGUGCCUCACCUUCCCGGGCACUGGAUUGCAGGUGUUCACCCCUGACCUGAAUGGCUCCUAAUGCAUUUGUUUGCGUCUCCGUCCUCCCUCCAUGUACUCUUUGGGGUUGACACUCCACGCCUUAUGUGCUUGCUCAGUGUUUUGCAUUUGUUUACAAUGUUCCCGUGCAUUCAGACUGUCGAGCGCUGGCAAACUUCUUGGACUGUCGAGAAAAGGACUGAGAGCUGAUUUGUCAUAAUACAUGUUCAUGAAAGGAAACGUCUUAAUGUUAUUUGGCUAUGUAGUAUAUAGGAACAAAAAUAAAGUCGUUUUUGUAACUUAA